CGCCUUUAGCUGCGCUGCGAUUUCUGAAGGAGCGGCGGGAGAAAAAAGCCGUCAUUGCUUCCCUCCUUGAAGUGAGGAAACGUUGUUUUCCCACUUGUGUCCGCAUUGCCAUUCCUACUCUGCUCUCGAGUCUCUAUCCUCUUCGGAGUCGGCAGUGCUUUUACUCUUUUUAGGGUUUCCGUUUUGGGAUACCUUUAGGCUUUAGCCCGGUUUAUAGAUUUUUUAGGAUCGCUUAUUCGGUUGGAGGGUGAGUGUUUGGUGGACAGAUUGGAGGAUGGUGUGUUCUUCAAAAAGCGGGUUGCCCGCGUGGUUGAGCGCUGCAUCGAGGAUGGACUUUGAUGGAGCAGCUAAUGUUUCUAGGUCUGAUGCUUCUUCGACUGCUUCGUCGCUGUCUUCUUCUGUCGUUAAUCGCGGGGCAUCCGAGGACUCUAAAAUGGGUUUCGGUGAGCGUUCCCUUUCUGCAGCCGGGGCUGCCGUUCUAUCCGCUAUUCUUGUGAAUCCUCUUGACGUUGCCAAGACCCGGCUACAGGCGCAGGCAGCUGGUGCUCAUUAUCAUCAACCGCAGCAGGAUUUUGGAAGACGGUUUGCAUCCCUUGGCCCCAAUACGAUGCUUUCAGAGUUCAGAUGUUCUCCAUCAUGUAAUCGUGGUGGAAUAUUUGGUGCUGAAGCAGUUUGUCCUCCCGACUGUUUUCAGUACAAAGGAACUUUGGAUGUUUUCUACAAAGUCAUUAGACAAGAAGGAAUUGCUAGGCUGUGGAGGGGUACAAAUGCUGGAUUAGCAUUGGCCAUACCAACGGUUGGUAUUUAUUUGCCUUGUUAUGAUAUAUUUCGCAACUGGAUUGAAGAUUUUACUACGCACAAUGCUCCUGGUUUAACACCUUAUGCACCUCUGGUUGCUGGCUCAGUUGCUCGCUCAUUGGCUUGUGUUGUUUGUUCUCCUAUCGAGCUAGCAAGAACACGCAUGCAGGCGUUUAAAGUUUGGAAUGGAGCAAAUGCCCCAGGCAUAUGGAAGACAUUGCUUGGUGUUUUAAGCCCAGUUAAGAGAACUAAUGAAAGCUUGAACAACUAUCGCCUUCUGUGGACUGGUGCGGGAGCUCAACUUGCUCGUGAUGUGCCUUUUUCUGCCAUUUGUUGGUCAACACUUGAGCCGAUUCGCAGGAAUUUGCUUGCACUAAUAGGCGAGGAAGCAAAUGCAGCUAACGUGUUAGGAGCAAACUUCUCAGCAGGUUUUGUUGCAGGCAGCCUUGCUGCUGCUGCUACCUGUCCACUUGAUGUUGCCAAAACUCGAAGACAAAUAGAGAAAGAUCCAUCGAAGGCACUAAGAAUGACUACGAGGCAAACAUUGGCUGAAGUUUGGAGAGAUGGAGGGGCAAAAGGGCUCUUUACAGGUGUCGGUCCUCGGGUGGCCCGUGCAGGCCCUUCUGUUGGAAUUGUAGUUUCCUUCUAUGAGGUUGUGAAAUAUUUCUUACAUCAAAGUCAUUCUAGUGAUUGAAGAAAACAACCAUUUGCUGUGGACAGCUCUUGAGCCUCGUUCUAGGCUUAGGUUUUAUCUUUUUUUUCCGAUUUAAAAAGCUUCAUCCUCCCAUCAAUGAGUUUACUUUUUUGGUGAAAGAGGUGGGAGCAGGAAUUUGUUCUGUCCAGAUUUUACAGCGCGUCAUUUUCUCCUUUCAAGAGCCUGCUUGUGGGAAACAGACAAUAGGCUCUAAUAUAACUGAUGAUACCACACUCAGUGCACUGAGUGCCAGUUUUGCAAGAAUAAAUAUGCAAGUAAUUAUACAGUUUGAACGUGGAACUGCAGUGGAGAUGUUUCAUAUAAUUUCCUCCUUUGAAGGGUAAAAAUGCUAAUUUGAGUUUAUUUAGGUUUUGAUAGUCUUUAUAACAAAGCUCUGAAGUGUUUUUUCCUUAUGUUUCUCUUGUUGCUCUGUUGCAACUCUUGAAUUUUUUAACAAUUGAAGCUGUUUAUGGAACCUAUGGUGCCUGCUGUAGCCUGUGGGGCUUGCUAACCUUGCCCUUUUAAUGUUUACUAAUGAUUAUAUUGGCAGGAGAGCUAUUUUUUUAAGAAAUUGUUACCCUUGUCAUC